AUGGCGUCCUCUGGAGCACAGGCAGCAAAUGUCCUCCUUUUCGGUGGUGGCGCCGUGGGCACCAUUGCCGCGCUCAAUAUUGAAUCCGGCAAGCUGGGCACUGUGACCGCCGUUUUGAGAUCCAAUUUUCAGGCUGUACGAGAACAUGGCUAUCGGAUUGAGAGCAUCGAUCAUGGCAAGCUGACAGGAUGGCGACCUACCAAGGUGGUUAAUGGCGUCCCCAACGUGAAGCAGGAUUCAUUGCCCCCGUUCGAUUACAUUGUCACCACGACGAAGAACUACCCUGAUGUAUCCCCUACCCUCCCAGAGCUCAUCGCUCCGGCCGUCACUCCUGGCCAUACUGUGAUUGUCAUGAUUCAGAACGGCUUGAACAUUGAAAGGGCCAUGUUUGAGGCAUUCCCGACAAACAUUGUGCUCUCUGGAGUUUCCAUGAUCGACAGUCAUGAAGGACAGCCCGGCGAGAUCUUUCACGAAGACCACGAUAUCCUGUAUCUGGGAGCUUUCACCAAUCCCAAUAUUCCCGACAAGGAAAGCGAAAUCAAGGCGGCGCACGACUUUAUCAAAAUUUAUGGCGCCGCAGGCAAAACCAACGUUCAGUUCUCCGAAGAUGUGCCAUGGGCAAGGUGGCGGAAGUUGAUCUUCAACGCCGUCUUGAACCCGAUUUGUGCCAUCACAAGCCUGGAUUCUGCAAGAGUGCGACUGACCAACAGCCUGGUGGAGGAGCUGGUCCGGCCCGCCAUGAAGGAAAUUUACGAAACUGCAAGCAGGCUAGGGCACAAGCUUCCAGAAGAUAUCGUAGAUACGAUGAUCAACUUCGAUCCGAUGGAUUUGUACCUGAAGCCGAGCAUGCAGUGUGACAUUGAGAAAGGUAACCUUAUGGAGAUUGAGUAUCUCAUCGGAGAGCCGCUACGAGAAGCUGAGAAGCUUGGAGUUGCGACUCCUAACCUAAAGGUCAUUUAUGAGAUAAGCAGAGCCUUGCAAUGGAGAGUAAAGGAGGCCAAAGGAAUCGUCACGGUACCACCGAAGAGGCAAUCUUGA